AUGUUUAGUUUAAUAUUUGAAGUCAAACUAAACAGACGUGUUCUAAAAAGUACAAAAUCUUUAAAGAUUUAAUUAAAAAGAAUACAAAAAAAAAUCAAUUUAAACAAAAGUAGAGUAACGCAAGAAAAUUAAUAAAUUACAAAUACAAAAUAAAAUAUAAACAAACAACGAAAUUGUUGUUGUUAUAUUUAAGUAUUAUAAAAUACAUAGUACUUAAAUUCCUUUAUAUUAACCUACACACCCCUCAAUUGAACGUAAUAAAACAAUUGUCUAGAAAUGUCUCAAAAACGUGUAACAUUGGCCACGACACGCGUGUCUCGCGCCUCAACCUCUACCCCUGUGGCCGGAGGUUCUCGUCUUGGCGCGACCAGUCCUACUAGUCCAACACGUACCAGUCGUCUGCAGGAGAAAGAAGAAUUGCAACAUUUGAACGAUCGUUUGGCCUGCUACAUCGAUCGCAUGCGUCAUUUGGAAAAUGAGAACAAUCGCUUGACCCAAGAACUGCAAUUGGCUCAAGAUACAGUCAACCGUGAAGUGUCCAAUAUCAAGGCCCUUUAUGAAAAAGAAUUGUCGGCCGCCCGCAAAUUGCUCGAUGAUACAUCUCGCGAAAAGGCCAAAUUGGAAAUCGAUAUUAAACGUUUGUGGGAGGAGAAUGACGAUCUGAAACAAAAACUUGAUAAAAAGACCAAGGAAUGUGGUAUUGCUGAGAACAGUGCCCGUGUUUAUGAAUCUCGUUACAAUGAAAUCAAUGGCAAAUAUAACGCCGCUUUAGUGGAUCGCAAGAAGGCUGAAGAUCAAGCCAAGGAUUUGGCUGCCGAGAAUGCUCGCUUGCUUAAGCAGUUGGAUGAAUUGCGCAAACAACUCGAAGCUGAGACUUUGGCACGCGUUGAUUUGGAAAAUCAAAACCAAAGCUUGCGUGAAGAGCUCAGUUUUAAGGAUCAAAUUCACGUGCAAGAACUUUCUGAAACUCGUUCCCGUCGCCAAAUCGAAAUCAGCGAAAUCGAUGGUCGUCUCUCGAAGGAGUAUGAGGCUAAAUUGCAACAAUCAUUGCAGGAAUUGCGCGAUCAGUACGAGUCUCAGAUGCGUGCCAACCGCGAAGAAAUUGAAAUGCUAUAUGACAAUGAAAUUAAGAAUCUCCAGGCUGCAGCAAAUCGUGCUGCCAAUUCUUCAGCUCAUGCCACCGAGGAAGUUCGUAUUAUGCGUACAAAGAUCGAUGGUUUGAACGCCAGAAUCGAAGAAUUGGAAAAUACCAAUUCUGGUUUGAAUGCUCGCAUUCGUGAAUUGGAGAAUCUUUUGGAUAGCGAACGUGCUCGCCACAAUCAAUACAUUGCGUCGUUGGAGGCAGAACUACAACGCAUGCGUGAUGAGAUGGCUCAGCAAUUGCAGGAAUACCAAGAUCUCAUGGACAUUAAGGUGUCUUUGGAUUUGGAAAUUGCCGCCUACGACAAAUUGUUGGGUGGUGAAGAGUGUCGCCUUAACAUUACCUCGCCUGGUCGUCCCAACACUAGCGGCAGCAGCGCACAUGCCGAUUCUGGUUACUCCAAUGGCACUCAUUUGUCGGUGAGCACAAGCUCAGCUUACCGCUCUGGACGUAUUACCCCCAGUGGUCGCCGUUCAGCUACUCCUGGUGCAGGCGGUAGCACUAGCAGCAGCGCCGUUAAACGCCGCCGCACUGUUAUCGAUGAAUCCGAAGACCGUAGCUUGGCUGACUUUACUGUCAACUCAGCUGCCAAAGGUGAUUUACAAAUCUUGGAAGCCGACAGCGAAGGUCGCUACAUUAAAUUGCACAAUAAGGGCACCGAUGAAAUCAGUCUUACCGGUUGGCAGUUAACCCGCAUUGCUGGUGAAGAAGAGUUGGCCUUCAAAUUUACACGCGGUACCAAAAUCACAGCCGGCCAAACUGUAUCUAUCUGGUCCGUGGAUGCUGGUGUUAGUCAUGAACCCCCCACCAAUUUGGUGAUGAAGAAGAAAUGGCCUAUCGCUGACUCCAUGCGCAGUGUUUUGUCUAAUGCCGACAAAGAGGUGAGAAUAUUGUCGAUUUACAACACUUGUGGCAAAUGUAGAAUUUGUCGUCACUGUCAACAACUAGAAUUUAUACUAGAUCAGAUGUUGCCAGCUACGAGCGUGUUCGUUCAAACAUUUCCAGUCACGCAUCCAGACACAGACAAACCGGCAGUGGAUUCACACUCGGUUCCGGUGCCACAUCAACAGGCGUAAGGAGUCUGUUCUCUUUGCUCUUCUAAGCUCAUCAUUAUCUAGAUAAAUUGUCAGAUGUCUACAGCUGGCAGUCAGACAGACAACUUAAAAAACAAUCUACAAAUACAAAUCCAUAGUAUAAGGAAUGGACUAACGGACUGACACAGUGUCUAAUUAUGCCGCAAUGGAGAUGGUGCUCUCUACAUUAUCUCCGUUCUCAGCAAAUCCUCCCAAAACAAAGGAUUCUAUACAAAUUUCCUUCUGUUUUACUCAGAUACUCGUACAUAUCAUGAGACUUUUGUACUUUAAAUAUUUUUUAUUCUUGACUUAUUCUUUCCUUCGUAAAUCUUUAAGGAUUUUGUUCUUGUAAAGUCGGUUAUUCUAUUAUUUUUAUUUUUUUUUGUUAAACUCAAAAGUGUAAAUAAGAAUACUAGGUAUUCUUUAAAAGGCGUAAGUAUAAAAUAAAUGUUUAUUUUUUUAUAAUUUAAAAUGUAUUUUUUUUUUGUAUACAUACAUAUAAUUAUUAUAAUAAUUUUCGUCCAUAAUUUAUUUUUUUUUUAUCUGACGGACACAAAGAAAGUUCAAUGCAACAAAAACCAUAGAAAAAAUCGUUUAGUGUGUGUGAGACUUUAGGAUUCAAAGUGUUUAAAAUUUACUUUUAACUCACACAAAUAAGAUUUUGGUUAAAUUUGUUUGAAAAAAGUGUAUUUAAACUGCAUUUACAUGUUAAAAUAUUCUAAUAAAAAAAUAUUAAUAAUAAAAUUUCUUUGAAAAUAAUUAAAA